CCGCAUCCCUGCCCCUCGGCCCCCAGGACACCCCUCGUGUUUACAGUUCACGGUGAACAUGACAGCGGCCGUUCGGACCUACCGCUGGCAGUGCAUCGAGUGCAAGUCCUGCAGCCUGUGUGGCACCUCGGAGAAUGAUGACCAGCUGCUGUUUUGUGAUGACUGUGAUCGGGGUUACCACAUGUACUGCCUGAGCCCCCCCAUGGCGGAGCCCCCGGAAGGGAGCUGGAGUUGUCACCUGUGUCUUCGGCACCUGAAAGAGAAGGCCUCUGCCUACAUCACUCUCACCUAGGCCUGGCUCUGGCUCACCUGGACCUCUGGGGUGGUGCUUGCCCAUCUGCCUCUCAGAGCUCCUCUACUCUCUUCUCAUCCUUAAUGUGCCACAGUGGGAAGGGGUGCGGGAAGCCUGAGAGGAGGCUGGGCCACCCCCUUCCCUCUGUGCGAGUGGAAUGUUUGCCCUGCGGGUUGGUGGGCCCAGCAGGGCUCCUCUCUAUUCCUCCCUCCUUUCCCAUCCCUUGGCAAAUGGGCACCAGGGGCUUCUGCUCCCCUCAAAGCCAUACCCCGCCUCUGGGCGGGCAUGAGGGGUGGUGGAUGCCAGCCCAGGGCCUGGACCCAGCCUUUUUCUAAAGAAAAAAUCAAAAAGUUAAAAAAAAAAAGAAAUUAAUAUAUACAGAAUCCUAUAAGGCCUGGCUGGGUGAGGGGGCACUGCUGAGUGAGUCCACAGGGCACCAGUCUAUACCAGUUUCCUGCCUGGCAACCCCUCCCCCCAGUUUUGGAGCUGCAACUACCCCACAUCCCCUCCCCAGGUGGGCACCAUUCCCCACUCUUGCCCAAGGCAGAUGGGUGUGGUGCCCACCCUUUAUCCCCUCUUGGUGCCCACUGUGGAUACUGCAUGAUGUUGAACUGUGGCUUUGAAAUCUGUUCCUGCCCCUUCCUGAGAGCCCCACCCUGUCUGCCACCACCACAAGUGUUACUGGUGGGGCAGGCGGGCCCCUGCCCAGCGCCUGCUGGGAUGAGAAGCACAGACUCUGCAAUGGACUAGUUUUUCCUCCUCCCCUGCCCCGAUCCCACGGCCUGGCGGGCUACCC